AUGACCACACAAACACAGGCAGAGUCAUUUGUCCUCCAAGCACGAGCACCACUCGAGCCAGGUUCUGAAGAGCCCACCGUGCUACAAGAGGCAAGAAGAGAGACGGUCAACCAACCAAAAUGGCUAUACGCCAAGAUCAUCAGCGCCGGCGUUUCGUUCUUCGUCGCCGGGAUCAAUGACGGCAGUCUGGGCUCGCUAAUUCCCUACGUGAUACGCACCUACGGCAUCGGAACGAACAUGGUCGCCGUACUCUUCCAUAGGUACGGCACUACCUUCUUCGGCUGGUUCUUCGCAGCUCUCUCCAAUAGCUCAAUAUGCCAGCAUCUCGAUCUAGGCGCUAUACUAUCAUUAGGUGCAGCAAUUCAGAUCCUGGCCCAUGUGCUGCGCGCGUGGCUCCCGCCUUUCCCGCUGUACGCCGUCACAUUCUUCCUCGCGAGCCUAGGACAGGCGUAUAACGAUACACAUGCCAAUACCUUUGUCUCCUCGCUUCGAGGCGCGCAUCGCUGGCUGGGAUUCAUUCAUGCGAUGUACAUGGCCGGUUGUCUUGUCGGGCCGUUCGUGGCCACGGGCGUGGCUUCGGCGAAUGUGGAAUCAAAGUGGAAUUUAUUUUACCUGUUCCCGUUGGGUAUUGGCGUGGUUAAUAUGUCACUGGUGGGACUAUCAUUCCACGAUAGAAUGGGGCUUUUGAUGAAGAAGAAGAAACAAUCUUCUAGCACUGGUGAUCAACCAGAGUCAACGGGCAAGACGGCCCUCAAGGAAAUCAAAGCCACGCUCUCCACCCCCGGUGUCUGGAUACUCAGUUUAUUCUUUUUCUUCUUCUUAGGCGCUGGUAUCACGGCUGGUGGUUGGAUGGUCGAAUACCUGGUCAGGGUGCGCAAUGGGAAUGUCAAGGAAAUGGGAUACGUUCCGGCUGGCUUCUACGGUGGUGGUUUCCUGGGUCGACUAUUGCUUGCAGAGCCGACGCAUCGACUUGGUGAGCGACGGAUGAUUUUCAUUUACGCGGUUCUUUGCGUGGGGUUGCAAUUGGUGUUCUGGCUGGUGCCGAAUAUCAUCACCGAGGCUGUGGCCAUCAGCUUGCUAGGAUUCUUCUCAGGUCCAUUUUUCGCAACAGGCAUCUCAGUCGGCUCCAAGAUGUUCUCUCCGGAAAUCUGUUCCUCGGCGAUAGCAUUCGUCUUCGUCCUCGGCCAAAUCGGCGGCUCCAUCUUCCCAGCAAUAACAGGCAUCAUAGCCGCCCACGUCGGCGUCAAGGUGCUUCAGCCGAUGCUAGUGGGCCUCCUCAGCGCCGCCGGCGUAAGCUGGCUCUUCCUCCCCAAAGCCACACUACAUCGGGACUAG